UGUUUAUUCGCGAUUAUUACCUUUAUCAAUUAAACAAGUUGCGCUUGCGCACUUUUCGCUUAAUAUUUUACACGUUUGUUGUCUUUUCAACUUUUAUAUUUCUGCCUUAAUAUUUUUUGUCUCAACUUUCACUUUGUGUUGUGAGUCCGCCGUGUGUGUGCAGUUUUAACUUGAUUGUGGAAUUCAAUCAAACAAGGUCAGCGGAAAAGAAGUCCAAAAACAAAUCGUACGCGUCAAGAAUAUUAGAAUUCUUACCAAUUUCGUGAUACCAAGUCUAUAAAAUCAUUAAUACAGAAUUAUAGUGUUUAGCUGUGAUGAAAGAAGCCAGCAAAUUAUUGCUUACUAUUCGCUAAUUAGGAGUGUAUAAUAAAUGUUAUUGUUGUUGCACAAGCAGCAAUUGGAUUUUGUGGGAGCAUACAACACAAUACGCAGCUACAGAUAGUGGUUUUUGGUAGUGGUGGUACGUGGAUAGCUAAAGAGCUGAAAAUUUUCAUUAAUUUGUUUAUUGCAUGAAGCAACAGGUGUUCUGUGUUGGUAGCAGUAACUCAACGCAAUGACCUCACGAUAUGAGCGCAUCAAAGCUGAUUGUGUGGCACGUAAGGUCCUCUGGGAGGACCCUGAUUUCGCGGCCGUGCAAUCAUCAGUUUUCUACUAUCAAACACCACCCUUCACAUUUCAGUGGCGACGCAUAGCCGAAAUCGCAGAUACACAGCAAGCAUGUUUUGUUAAUGAAGGCGAAAACUUUGACGUCAUCCCGGGUAAAAUGGGCGACCGUUGGUUGGUCUCGUGCUUGGGCGUAUUGCAUUCACUGCGCAAUCUUUUCUAUCGUGUUGUGCCCGCAGAUCAGAGUCUGGACAAAGCACACGGUGUAUUUCGCUUCCGUUUAUGGUGGUGUGGUGAAUGGGUAGAAGUGCUGGUAGACGAUCGACUGCCCACUAUCAAUGGGCGUUUAGCCUUCUUACAGCCACAGACAUCACACUGCUACUGGGCUUCACUACUGGAGAAGGCCAUUGCCAAAUUACACGGCUCUUAUGAGGCACUAAAAUAUGGCACACGUUCAGAUGGACUCAGUGAUUUACUUGGUGGCGUGGUGGAGUGCAUACCAUUGAAAACAGGCACGAAUGCCACAGAUCUUUUGCGUCCACAGCAGUUAAAAUCACAUCUGGAAACUACCUGUAUCGUAACUUGCAUAGUGGCGACCGGCGCUACGGCGAGUGGUCAACAUAAAAACACUGCUGAGCGCUUGGCGAACGGUAUCGCUUUCAAUGUCAACUACAGACUUUCUUCGUUGGACAAAGUUGAGACGCUGUUAGGCGAUGCUGUGCAGUUGGUGCGUUUGAAAGAUCCACUCGCGUGCAAUGGUUUCGACAACACUACGGUCUUCGAAGGUGACUGGUCGGCAAUGUCCGCCUCGUGGGAACGUGUUUCGGUGCAGGAGCGUGAUCGUCUCUUUGGCCAACUGGAUGUUGGUGAAUUUUGGAUAUCAUUUCUCGAAUUCACACAGACCUUCACCAGCCUCGAAUGCAUUUAUCUGGACGCUGAUACAGCCAAAGAUGAAAUAACACUACAAGAACGCCCUAAACGUUGGCAAAUGAAAAUGUUUCAGGGCCAGUGGAAGCGUGGCGUUACAGCAGGCGGUUGCCGCAACCACGAAUCGUUUCACAUUAAUCCACAACUACUGCUUAACAUACAAGAAAAGCAGGAAGUUGUGGUGGCCCUAAAUCAACACACUGCUGUAGAACCCAAAGUUAUAGGCUUUACAAUGUACAAAUUAAGUGGCGUUGCCAAUGGCGGUAAGGGCAAAUUCAGCGAAUGCCUGCCGAAGGACUUCUUUAAAACACAAGUAAGCUUCUUAAACUCGGAUUACGGCAAUACACGACACGUCAGUUAUCGCUGUCAGUUGGAGGUGGGUCAAUAUGUGCUCAUGCCUACAACAUAUGAGCCCGGUGAAGAGACCAGCUUCACUGUACGCUUCCUUGGCACAGCCGCCUUACGGCUAUCAUUGCUCGAAACCCAAACCAUGAUGCUACUUGACCCUUUCCCUGCACUUAAAAAUGAUGUAGAGCCAAAUAAAAUAAAAAAUGUCUGCCAAUACGAGCCCGUCUUUAUGCAAUUGGCGGAUGAGAAUAAGACGAUAAACUGUUUUGAACUACACGAACUGUUAGAGGCGUGUUUGCCCAACGAUUACAUUAAAGGCUGUGCCAACAUCGAUAUAUGCCGUCAAGUCAUAGCCUUGCAAGACAAAACUGGCACCGGCCGUAUUAACUUUCUGCAGUUCAAGACAUUUAUGGUUAAUUUGAAGUCAUGGCAGGGUGUAUUUAAAAUUUAUACAAAAGAAAAGGCGGGUAUUUUGCGUGCGGAACGCUUGCGCGAUGCACUCUAUGAUGUGGGUUUCCAAUUGAGCACGGAGAUAAUGAAUUGCCUGAUGCAACGGUACAUACGGAAGGAUGGUACACUGAGACUGAGUGAUUUUGCUUCGGCCGUGCUGCAUUUGACGGCGGCGUUCGACUACUUUCAACGCAAAGACCACAAUCAGGAUAAUGUUAUCGAAAUUGAAAUGUCGGAUUGGAUAAAAUGUGUGCUGAGAUGUUGAGAACUGUGGAAGCCGAGUUUCGUUAUGAUGAUUUUUGAAACGGCGCCGUUUUUAGUUUUUAACUAACAUUUUACUUAUGUUUUUUUUUUCUUCUCGCGAAAUUAUAACUUUCUUCCUGAGCUUAGUUCAAUUUAUAAGUGCAAUUCCGACGUACCUUAUCAAAAAAAAAAACAGUGGAAUGUUGAAAGCUGUUGAUUUUUUUUUUGUUUCGAAAUAUAACUGCUGGUGGUAAAUAUGAUUAGUAAAUGUGAAACUUUUUGGGAAAAUAUAUAAAAUAUUUAAAGCCUAAGAAUUAUACAGAGUACGUAGUGACGUUCUCCGGUUUCAGAAA